UAAAAUUACCUACGGUAUCGGUUCAAAAUACAUUAAUUUAAUACACUUAGAAAGGGGAAAAACUCAAAAAAAUGCUUGACAUUAAAUUGUUCACGUUUAUCCUUUUAAACAUUAAUUUAGUGUUCACUUAUGACAUCUUGGUAGUGUUCGGACAUCCGGGUCUAAGCCACUUUGAAGCCUUCGGCGGUUUCUUUGAAGGGUUGGCUCAUAGGGGCCAUAACCUCACCAUUCUCAGUCAUAAUAAAGUUCAACAAAAAUCCAAGAAUAUACGGCAUAUAUCACUAAAAAACAAAAAACCAAUGGUCGACAUAAUGAGUGUGUCCACCGAAAUGUCAACUGGCAUCGCUCACUACAACAAGCAGCUGAAGUUACUGGAAGCACUUUCCAAGGUUUGUGAGGAGUUUAUGGGAGAAAAGUCAUUUCGGGAUUUUCUUAAGGAGGAAAAUCAGUACGAUCUGGUUAUCGGGGAGUUUUUCAAUACGAAUUGCUACUAUGGGGUUGCAACCAAGUUUAACGUGCCUUUUAUUGGAUUGAGUUCAUGCACCCACUUGGCAUGGCAAGCCGAGUGGUUCGGAUUCCCAUCAAAUCCCGCUUACAUCCAAACCGCAUUUGGAGGCUUUAAGGUGCCCAUGUCUUUUUUAUCGAGGGUGGAAAACACUUUGGUGGAUCAUUAUUCCAAACUUUGGUACAAACUGGUCAUGGAAAAGCAAGGAAACGAGUUGUCCAAGCGAUAUAUUGGGUACGAGGCAUUUGACCCUCAUAACGCCAGUCUUCUACUGGUCAACACCCAUUUCACUAUAGAUGGGGCGAAGCCUUUACCCCCGGCCAUCGUGGAAGUGGGGGGGAUUCACGUGCAUAACCGGAAACCCAAAAAGCUACCCCUGGAUAUUGAAAACUGGAUAAACGGGGCAGAGGCGGGAGUGAUCUACUUCAGUCUGGGAUCGAUGAUUAAGAGUCAGAGUUUUCCAGAGAAGCAGCGAAAGGCUUUUGUAAAUGCUUUCGCCAAGUUUCCCCAAAGGGUCGUCUGGAAAUUAGACAAUGACUCGAUGGUGGAUCAGCCUAAGAACGUCCUUCUAGGGAAAUGGAUGCCCCAGUUUGAUAUUCUUUGCAACCCGAACGUAAAACUGUUUAUUUCUCAUGGGGGUUUGCUUGGUACCAUCGAGGCGGUCCACUGUGGGGUACCGAUCGUAGUAAUGCCCCAAUUCGGGGAUCAGAACCAUAAUGCGCAUGCGUUAGAAGCCACCGGAGCGGGCGUUUUAUUGCAUCUACAAACCGCCACGGAAGAAUCGAUCAUUGAUGCCGUAAAUAAGGCUUUGGAUCCACGGACACAGAAGAAUGCGAAAUUAUUAUCGGAAAGGUUCGGGGACAGGCCGAUGUCGCCCAUGGACAGCGCCAUCUACUGGGUGGAGUACGUGGCGAGGCACGGGGGGGCGCCACAUAUGCGAUCUCCAGCCAUCGAUAUGCCCUUUUAUCAGUUAUAUUUGAUCGACGUCUAUGGAUUCUUAGUUGCAAUUGUUUUGGGGGUUAGUUAUAUAAAUUAUGUAAUUUUUAGACUUAUAUGGAGAAUAAUGACAAAAAAUGGGUUGAAAUUAAAAACCUUGUAAGUCCUAUAUGUAUAUUAUAUACAGUAUAGUGAUAAGUGAGGUUAUGUAACAAAAUUUACUGUAACUAAGUAUAUGUGUAGCAGCAUUCUUAAAGUAAAUUAAAUAAUUAAGUAAAUA